AUGGCUGAUACGUCGAACCUGACCUGGUCGAUAUUCAAUGGCCAGAUCCGGAACACCUCUUCUACCGCGCUCGGAAACGUUGACGAGAGAAGGUCACAGACUGCGCAGCCCCGUCACGAAAUUUGCAGCGAUGACGAGGAAGGUGUAGAUACCAAAGACCUAAGAUCAUCAGACUUUGCUCGAGAAGAUGCUGCUUACUACGAGAAUGAAGAAGGCGAUGACGGCAUUGUCGAUCUCGGAAUUGCGUUAGGCAAAGUGGGGACCAUGGAGAGAAUUGGUGGAUUGGUGCAACCCAGAUUUACUGACGAACUAGGGCAAGCUCUGAAAGAGCUACCCAGGAGAAAGUCCCAAGAUCCGAACUCUUUCUCGGCGGGCGCUGUGGAGUGGACGAUGCCUUCAAACGACUAUGUUGAACCCUCUUCGAGCUUUUUCUUUACACCGGGUGCCGAGGAGAUAACCCUCAUGAACUACCUUCCCGCCAAAACUCUGAUCGACAGACUCAUAGCACACUACUGGCAGGCAGUGCAUGUCAUUGCGAGGAUCGUCCACCGCCCGUCCUUCGAGCGGCACUAUGACAAGUUCUGGAAGAGUGUGGCGUCCGGCAUGGAUCCACGCAACUCCUUCCAGGCCGUUGUCUUUGCAGCCCUGCUGAGUUCGGUCGUGUCUAUGUCCAAGGAGAAGGUGCUGGCCGAGUUCGGUGUUGACAAGCAAGGGUUGGUGGACAACUUCAGAGAGGCUACAGAGGCUGCAUUGUCAAGGGCGAACCUGCUUCGAACUACAAAGCUUGAGAUGUUGCAGGCCUUUUUCAUGUAUCUGGUCAGACGCCUCGUCUGGCAUCAAAUCUGCUUUCUUGACCUGCGGACAUGUGAAGCGACAGAACCACGGCCUCAAAUUCGGACUGAAGACUAUGACACCUGUCUCCCCUUGAAUAUCGAUGACAUCGACCUCGAUCGUGCAGAGCAUAGUGACAGAAGUAUCGAUACCGAGACUGGCCGAACAUGCUUCACUGACAUGACAACCACGCGCAUGCGAUUCGAGUGCUACGACAUGCAUCACUAUCUAUUGGAUGCUUCGAAUGUCAUCGAUUGGAAUGAGAUCGAUAUGUUAUUCGGUGGUGCCGAGACCGGGACCGGCAAUGUGAUGAUACUGCCUUUCACAUUCCCAGAGUUCUCAGCUACUGAUCUCAACGAUUUACAAUGGCCGCAAGAAAGCUGUGCUACACAUUCGUUGACGUCUGACAAGUGGCACCAGCGCAGCACCGCAACGAAUUGCGUGCACAACGCUGGCAAAUACAGAAUGUGGCAAAACCAAGGAGAGCAAUCCAGCAGUGCUAAGAGCAAGGGCUUGACAAUUCAGAUGUUGGCCCUCUUAGGCGUCAUCUUGCUUUGUCGGGGGUGUAACUUGCAGAAUCGGAUCUCAUUUGGCUUCGGAGCAAGCGAGUCGCUGGCUUGCGUGGACGGCUCGAUUACGCCGAAGACAGUGAGGCUUCCCGUGUGUGCCGGCGGCAACAUCCAAAAAAGAAUCAUGUACGAUAGCCUUGACACUUAUCCAAAUGGAUUGCGAAGCUAA